AUACAUCAUGAAUUAAAUAAUUUAUGCAGGGAAUUAUACCAAAUUGUGUUCUACAAUAAUAAGUACUGCUAAAUGUUUUAUGCUGAAUAGCGUACAGACUGCCAGAAAUUCUCAAAAGACGAAGCUCAACCAACCCACCUGCCGCGAAAUACCAAUCACAACAACUGCAAAGUAGAGAAGGGUUUUAAGAAGUGUUUUAACAGAAUCCACUCGUCUUCUCAUCUCUUCAGGUUCUUAAAAGCCCACCACCAUUAUGACAGAGAUAACGAGCAAAAGGUUCUGGAGAGCCGUUCUGGCUGAACUGAUUGGCACGAUUGUUAUCGUUUUCGGUGGCAUUGCCGCAGCCAUUGGGAACACAAACAACAGCAGUCCAGAUCAGGAGAUAAAGGUGUCUCUGGCCUUCGGUUUGGGCAUCGCCACAGUCGUCCAGAGUUUGGGCCACAUCAGUGGAGCCCACCUGAAUCCUGCAGUUACCGUUGGGAUGCUUGCCAGCUGCCAGAUCAGUAUAUUCAAAGCCAUUAUGUAUGUAAUUGCACAGAUGCUGGGUUCAACCCUGGCCUGUCUUUCUCUGUAUGUAGCACGUCCCAAUACCACCGAAGCACUGGGGCUCAACACUAUCAAUGGUGUCACUCUCAGCCAAGCCUUGGGCAUUGAGCUCCUAACAACGUUCCAGCUGGUGCUGUGUAUCCUUGCAGUCACUGAUAAAAAGCGGUGUGAUAUCACUGGUUCGGCACCCUUGGCCAUUGGUCUCUCAGUCUGCCUUGGACAUUUGGCGAUUAUCAGUUACACAGGCUGUGGAAUCAAUCCUGCACGUUCCUUUGGUCCGGCUUUAAUACUAAACAAUUUUGAAAACCACUGGGUUUACUGGGUUGGGCCGAUCACUGGAGGCAUAGGAGCAGCUCUCAUGUACGAUUUUCUGCUCAGUCCUAAAUGUAAUAGUUGCUUUAGUUGCAUGAGAGCACUGGUCGGGGACAAUGCAAAUGCUGAAAAUGCCUCUGUGUAAAUGACCUCAAAAUAGUUCUGUGCAAAUUCAACUACUUAGUGACACUCGAAGACCGACUGGAACUUUUUCUGCCAUGUCUUUUUUCCACGGAAGACGAACGGAACACUUGCCUGCGUUUGGUCUGUAUUGGUUACCAUGUCAAGGUGGAUCAUGCAUGGAUUAAAGGCAACAGUCUGAGUAAUCGGCAUUCCCAGCUGCAGUAUGUGCGGAAAUGCAAAUUGUCUAGUUAAUAUUAUUAUCAAUAAAUGGACAAUCUCCUACAUCACUAGCAUUUGAGAUACAGAGGGAGAGGAGCCAAAGCAGGUAGACAUCAUUAUAAUGCCAACUGCCAUAAGAUACCAGUGGAUGUGAAGGUCUGAUCUGCAUGCCCUCAAUGGCCAGCAAGUCAAUUGGCUCCAAGUCAGGCUUAGAACCCUAUGUUUUCCCUCCGAUUUUACCAACCUCCCAACUAAGCAAGGAAUAAAUUAGAAUUGGAUGAUACAACCUGUUAUAGGUUUAGUUUUACAUGUCAGCGCUCCUGUAAAUGACUCUUGACU